GACACAGACCCUGACGUCACAGGUGGCUAGAUGAGCCUCCCUGCAGAGCUUAAUUCAGCGCGAUCAGUUUUUGGAAUUGAAAGUUGAGGGGGAGGCGGCAGGUGGCCCGAGGCAUCAGGUGUGCAUGCAGGGAGAAAGAGGAGAAGAGGAGCAGAUGAAUGAGCUCCGUAGCCCUGGGAAUGUGAUAAGGGGAGCGCAGGACUGUGCCGGGUCUAUAACAGCAUGUGUAUGUCAAGAUCAGACAUAAGAACGGCUGCAGGAGGGAGGUCAACUUUUAUUGGUCAUCUGGAGCUUGAUGCAGGGGAGGACAAUGCAGUUGGACAAGAAACACUUCAAUUAGUUUCUCUUUGGAUUUAUGCAUGAAGGCAAUCCUUCAUUCUGUUGGACCAUGGCUAUCAAGCAAAGGAGGCACUGGAGGUCCAUGUGCAAAGGCCUGGUGCUGGGAACUCUCCUGACCAGCUGCAUGAUCCUGCUCUACUGCCUCUCCACUCCACAGAUCCACCUCAGUCUGCCUGAGGUUCCAGUGCCUUACUCCUGUGCCCACCGCCCAUCCCAGAUCCACCACAAACCCACCACAAACAGCUCACAACAAACCACGGGUCAGACCUGCGCUCCUAAAGUGGAUAUCAUGUUCAUGAAGACGCACAAAACAGCCAGCAGCACCUUCCUCAACAUCCUUUUCCGCUUUGGAGAAAAGCACCGGCUGAAAUUUGCCUUCCCUGACAGCAGAAAUGACUUCUUCUAUCCUUCCCUUUUCCAGCGCUCCCAGGUUAAAGACUACAGACCUGGAAUGUGCUUUAAUAUUAUCUGUAAUCACAUGCGUUUCAAUGCACCCGAGGUGGCCAAGCUGCUACCUAUGGACACCUCCUACAUCACUAUUCUGCGAGACCCCGCAGAGCUUUUUGAGUCGUCCUUCCACUACUUUGGCCGGCUGGUGCCUUUUACCUGGAAGAUACCAGGUGAUGACAAGCUGACCGAGUUUCUACGUGACCCCCAUUACUACUUUGAUCCAGAGGGCUUCAACUCUUUCUACCUCAAGAAUCUGCUGUUCUUCGACUUUGGACAGGACAACACUCUGGAGCUGGAUGAUCAGCGGGUAGAAGAGGGAAUCAGAUUCAUCACUGGCCGUUUUCAGCUGGUCAUGUUGGUGGAGUACUUUGAGGAAUCACUCAUUCUGCUCAAGGACGCCCUCUGCUGGGAGAUGGACGACGUGCUCUUCUUCAAGCUCAACGCCCGCAAGGGGUCCACAGUGUCCAAACUCACCCCUGAGCUGAGGGCCAGGGCUCUUGAGUGGAACGCUAUUGACUGGAAGCUAUACCAGCAUUUCAACCAGACCUUCUGGAAGAAAGUAGAUGCAUAUGGAUGGCAGAGGAUGGCUGAAGACGUGGCAGAGCUCAGGAGAAGGAACGCUGAGAUGGCGUCUAUCUGCAUCGAGGGCGGUCAGGCUGUAGAAGCUGGCAGCAUCCAAGAGACGGCCAUGCAGCCCUGGCAGCCCAUCGGAGAGAAGUCCAUCAUGGGCUAUAACCUGAAGAAGAAUGUGGACAAGGUGCAUCGGAAGUUGUGCCGAAAGAUGUUGAUGCCAGAGCUUCAGUACUUAACUGAGCUUGGGGUAAACCUGUGGAUCACCAAGCUGUGGGGCCAUGUCCGAGAUAUCAUUAACUGGUGACUAGAUGUGUGAGCAAGGGGGCCAAUUGAACUCUGCUAGAGAGAAGAGAAAUCUGACUGUGUGGCUGAUAGAGCGAAAGGUUCAUUAAUUCACCUCAAAAUCAGAAAAACAAAUGUUUCCUCUUACCUGUAAUGCUAUUUAUCAAUCUAGAUUGUUUUGUGUGAGUGUUCAAGAUAUCGGCUGUUGAAAUGUUGGCACAUUUGAAAAACUUUCUUUCCAGAAAUCUCAACCCGGAUACUCAAGAUAAUCCACAGACCUUGUUGCAAGCAGACUCAUGGAGGAACUAUUUUCUUUCAAGUGUAGUUCCUACACGAAGCAGCUCACAGCAAGAUCUGUGGAUUAUCUUGAGUAAACAGUUUAUGAUUUCACACGGGACACAAACAAGACAAGAACAUCGGUUUGCUCGGUGAAAAGUCCGGUGUCUGUUUGACCCUUUCAACCACCUCCUCAUGCAGGCUGUGACACUUACAUCAACAGCCCGGUGCUAGAGCUGAAGGGUGCUGAAAAUGUUGGAUAUUAACAUAUCUGUGGCUUCUAGAGACAUACCAUGCCAAUAUUUUUUUAUAGUGACUGUGCUGCUAUAGCUGAUUUCACAAUCUAGAUUGGUUAAAACUAAAAUCUCAGGUAAGAGGAAGAAUACAUUUUUGAUUUGGGGAUGAUCUGUCCCUUUAAAGGUUUCUGUCACAUUUCAAUCUUACAACAUUUCAUCCACAUUGACUUGUUUGCGUUUCACAUGACUGUGCACUGUAAUGUAUCUGAAAGGUGCUUGAGAAAAAUAUAUUGUAGACCUCACAAUGUACAAAUACUGAACCAGUUUACCCCAUGUAUAGAUGAGGCAUUGCUUGUUCUGUGUUCUAUGUUUGUGAGUCAA